GCCUGGGGCUCGCCGUGGUCCCGGGGGCCGCGGGGGCGCAGGUCGGCCGAGAUAAUCUGGGGCGGAUGAAGCGGCGGUCCUGGGGCUGCCUGCUCAGAUCCGUGGCCUCCAUGGGCUCGGUGGGCACCAUGACGUCGCUGGGCUCCAGCCAGACCGUGGACCUGGACGAGAGCGUGCCGCAGCAGCUGUACUACCCCAGCCCGCUGGCCGAACGGAGUCCCGGAGACCCAUUCCAGGGUCGCAGCACUGAAAUCCCCACCCGGGGCCCGCAGCAGCCGCCGCCGACGUACGAGGAGGCGCUGGAGACGACGGUGCGCCUGUUAAUGUCUGUUAAACAUAUCUUGUAUGAAAAAAGUCCCUCUGUUGAAGUGUCCAGCUUCCAUGAUUUUUGCAAAGAGGAACCAUUCAAUGUGCACAUUUUAAGGGAUUUAAAAACCAAAGUUGUGUCUGAAUGA